GCCUGCAGGCAUUGUCAAUGCGUCCGUCUUUGCUGCAUGUUAAGAUUAUGGGGAAAGGAGACGGUUCAAUUAUGCUUCCCGCUCUCAAAAUACCCGCUUUGAUUCCUAAGAUGCGGUUCCAGGAGCAUAAUAGUAAGAGCUCACAUAGAUUCUAACUGUUCGAGUAGAGUACCUUCUCACAGGUACUCUCGUUCAUGAUUCUCUCUCAACUUUCGCCUGUCAACUUUCUGUCUUCUUCGUCGACCACGGCUUGAUGCAUGCUCCCGGGGAGUCACUUCUUGAGGGCAGUAGCGCCCUGCGAUCAUGAUCCAUCUCAGCAUAUAUUUUCUGGUCUUAAUUAUCCCUGUGCCUGCAUUCGCACGCAUCCAAAACUAUCUUUACGGUAUACCCAGAGGUUUCAAUCCUGAUGCCAGCCAUCAAGCAGAAAUCGAGUUGCCGACUGUGAUCACGAACGCUAGCUCUGGAGAGACGUCCAACUCGAUCACGCCGGCUGUGCCUGGAUCGCCAGUGUCCGCGGAGCCAUGUGCAGUCAUCAGCAGCAUUCUGGCAGGCCUCCCAACCGGUGCCCGGAAGAUUGUGCCCGCUGAGCUUGGUCUUCAGUGUCUCCAGUCGGUUCCGAUCGACACAGCGAACAAUGUCCAGCUGAUAGAAGAGUUGAAACUGUAUGUGGCCUGGCAAUCGAACUUGGCAUAUCUAAAGAAUCCGCCUGCGGACUAUACAGAAGCGCCUGUUGAUCUCAUAGAAGAGAUGGGAACAAUUCAGAAUAGGCUGCAGUCCGGUUUCUACAAGAACGAAUACGAGUUUCAAAUGGACCUGAGCAGUCUCUUCAACAAAGCCUAUGAUAAUCAUCUGUCCUGGCAACCUGAUAUCCUUGCGGCCGCGAUGCAAUUCCAAACGGCGCCUGGAACUGAGCUAGUCUCUGUCUCCCAAGACGCUCGAGAGCUUCCCCAGGUAUUCACUUACCGAGACAUCCAGUCGGUCCAGCAGGAUCCGUCCUUCCAGCCAUCACCUGUGCAGACAAUCAAUGGCCGGAAUGUUGGAGAGUAUCUCUUCGACGUCGCUCGCCAAGCUGGGUUCCAUGACGCUGAUGCUAGAUGGAAUGCACUUUUCCCUAACCAAGCCAUCACUUCCACGGGAGUCUCUUUUCUCGGAUCGUUUCGAGCUGGACUCUAUCAAGGAUCAAAUACAACUCUCGCCUUCGCCAAUGGAACCGAAUCAACUACGAUGAAUGUGGCGGCUGUAUUUGGCAAUUUCACCGGCAUAGAGAAUGGACGGAAUUUUGCAGAGAGGUUCUGUCAGGGACUACCUGUGACGCCUGGUAUUUCACCGACUGCCACAUCUUCCGCGGGAGACAAUUCUCCGGCACCUUCGCCUAUAGGAUACCCAAACCCAGUGCUAGUCCAUCCUAACAUCUCCUUGAGCGGCUACUUCAUGGAUGCAGACUACGGAGACAUAGCAGUUCUUUGCAUACCGUCAUAUGAUUCACCCGACGUCAAGAUAUUCCAGGACCUGUUGCGUGAGUUUAUCGCCAGAUGCAAGGAGAACGGCAAGUCGAAACUCGUCAUCGACCUGAGAGGUAAUGGAGGAGGAAACGCCAUUCUUGGCUACGACACCUUCAAGCAGCUCUUUCCACAGGCGGAACCGUUUGGGGGGACCCGCUUCCGCGCGCACGACGCAUUGGAAGAUGUUGGGAGAAUGACGGAAGAGUUCGCGGCCGGCAGGACCUACGCCCAGAGCAACCGGACCGCAUUCGUGGAGUAUUUCGCCGACAUGACGGAAAACGACGUUAUUUUAUUUACCUCUCCUUUUAAUUUUAAUCUGCAGCUUGACGUGGACCAGCUGGAUUUCGCGUCAUGGGACGGAAUGUACGGGCCCGAGCAAAGCAACGGGGAUCAGCACACCAGGACCACCAGAUACAACUUCAGUGACGAGGCGAGUUAUGCGCAGCCCGGUUUUUACAUAUCUGGUCAUGGGAGUCUUGCUCAGGAUGCCGCAGCUGAGCAACCUUUCCAGAGUGGAAAUAUUAUAAUGCUUCACGACGGCAUGUGUUCAUCCACAUGUGCCAUUCUCUCCGAGCUUCUUAAGAACCAAGGAGGCGUUCGGAGUAUUGUUGUAGGCGGCCAAGCCAGAACAGGACCCAUGCAGGCAAUCGGCGGAACAAAAGGCGCUCAGUCGUUCGAAUGGGACGAUAUCCGAAUCAGGACGCAGAUGGCGUUUUUCCUGGGAAGCCCAGAACAGCAGGCUCAGUGGAACCAAACCGCGCUCGGCAGAACCGCAUUUGCAACCCAAAUCUUCAAACGAAGCGCCUAUUUUGGAGAUCGGCCCGCAGGAGGCAUAAACCUGCGCGACAAUCUGCGCAAAGACGAUCCCUCGCAGACACCGCUUGAGUUCAUCUACGAGGCCGCUGACUGUCGCAUGUUUUACACGGCGGAGAUGAUCAACGACGUUACGAAUGUGUGGAAGGGAGCCGUGGACCGCAUGUUUAAGGGCGAGCAGGGAAUGAAGCUGUGUGUGGAUGGGAGCACGGGGCAUAAGAGCAGUGUCACGGGCGGUGGGCAGUGGAGAAGUGGGGAGGUUCCGGCUGAGCCGAAGGAGCGCGGGCGACAAGGUGCUGCUGGAAGAAUAAGCAGCCCUUUGGUGCUGAGCGCGGUUGUGGGGGUAAUGGUAAGCCUUUGCUUGUAAUCUAAUAGAUCGUCGGAGCAUUUGCAUUGGUUGGUGUUGGUGGAGCUUCUGUAAUGAAAGCCAGGAAAAAAGCCUCAUGGCAGUGUUUGGAGAGUGCAGAAUGAAGCGGAGGGAGUGUGUGGAUCAAGUAGAGCAGGUAUUACGGUCCUGAAGCGGUGACCAUCUGCAAUGGUGAAAUCGGAUAUUGCGUAGGCGGUGAAUGAGUGUUGACGCACUCUCACUUGGCUGGACUCCGCUACAAACGCGCGGCUAUUUCGAGGGCAGUGCUCAUCCCACUCUCGAGCUUCCCUAUUUUUUCGACUAUAUAAGUAGCUAAAACUACUAAUCAAUCACCAAUACCGC